GGGGAAACAGCGUAUGCUUGUAUACAACCCUGAUUUCCAUUUUUUUUCCCAACUCGUAAUGUAUUUAAUUCAAGUGAAACGUAAUCAUGACGUGUCGUGUCAUUAAUCUGCUCGCCGCCUCUCCCGUGAUUGAAGGAGGAGUCUGCCCCCCCAUCAGCCCAAAGUACACACAAUGGCAUAAGAUCGCACACACUGCUGAGGAUGGAUUCCCCCCGGAGUGUGUGUUCUCUCUCUCCUGUGAGCAGCCCCGCCCCCCGACGCUGCCGUCCCUGGACCACAGCCCCCGGGCGUCGUCCCCUCUCACCCAGCUCUCUCUGCCCCCCCACAGCCCGGGACCCUCGCCCCUGAGCCCGGACCCCACGCCCUACUUCCCCCUGUCUCCCUUCCCCCCCCACGAGGAGGACGAGGAGGAUGGCGAGGACGGGCUGGACGCGGUUCCUCCGUCCCCGACCCCGGCGCUGGCUCUGUUCCCUGGAGGGGGGCGGGACAGGAAGUUGGGUGCACCCCCUUUGGACCCCUCCCCCCCGGUGACGCCAUCAGCACCGCUCCUCGGAUUCGAGACCCUGGAGCUCGCCCUCUCCUCCGGGCCGAGCGGGACCUGCGACGGCGAGCUGGACCUGCAGCUGUUCCAGAAGGACACGGUUACCAGGGCGACACCCGGAGGGGGAGGGGCCUCAUCAGGGCCGGCACUCAAGUUCCCCUGUCACGUGUGCGGGAAGAGAUUCCGAUUCCAAAGUAUUCUGUCUCUUCACGCCCGAGCUCACAGUCUGGACCGAGACCGCCGAGCGUCGGCCCUCCACCGGGGCGCCCCCCCCCCCGCUGCCCCCCCGAAGCAGCAGCUCAGGGUCCAACAGAACCACAGGAGUCACACGAUCCAGCGUUCACUGCCCGGGACGCUCAUCCAGCAUCUGAUCGAGGACGAGCACGAGGUCAAGGGUCACGAUGACCACGACCCAAACUUCUUACUGGACGACAGCACGCCGCUGACUCCUCCCCUCACAGAGGACCCUGUCUCUGUGACCUCUCCCUAUUACUCCACCACCGGGGAGGCGGCGUCUACUCCCACGGCGCCCGCGUUUCGCUGCCACGCCUGCAAAGGGAAGUUCCGCACGGCGUCGGAGUUGGCACGCCACGUCCGCAUCCUGCACAACCCGUACAAGUGUUCCCUCUGCCCGUUCUCCGCCAGCCAGGAGGAGAGCCUGGCGUCCCACCUGCAGGAGCUCCACCCGUCUCCAGAGCUUCCAUCUCUGCCACCGGCCUUCAACUCCAGGCCCAUCAUUGCAACGCCGGACACUCCUGUGCCCACCCCGACCCACACCCCCGCCCCGACCCCCAACACCCCCCAGGCGACAGCGGCAGGGGCGGCGGCAGCGGCGGCGUCGCCCACGCUGCCGGCGUUCCGCUGUGAGAUCUGCGGCCAGCGGUUCACCCAGUCCUGGUUCCUGAAGGGACACAUGAGAAAGCACAAAGACUCCCUGGACCACAAGUGCCAGGUGUGUGGGCGUGGCUUCAAGGAGCCUUGGUUCCUCAAAAACCACAUGAAGGUUCAUCUCAACAAACUGGGACUGAAGGCUGGGCUGGGGACUCUUGGGGGGCCGGGGGGGGCUAACCAGCAGGCCAAAGGCGCCGCGACGAACCACUCCCUCAACGCCCUCUACUCCAGCCUCCUUCUGGCCCAGCGGGGGGGCAGAGGUGGAAGGUCGGACAGGAACGCUGGAGGCCGACUGGGGAUGGGAUCGAGCAAGUCAGCCAUCCUGGGAUACCUGGGGCUGCCCAGUGACGGCAGCAGCUGCAUGGAGCGACUCCAAGCCGUGGCGCAGGUGGCGGAGAUGGGAAACGGCGGUGGCGGGAUUGGCGGCCCAGGAGGCGGAGACCUGGGAAGAGCCGCUCGAGCCAUGGGCGAGGCUACCGCAUCGGUAUCUGAAGGAGAACAGGCGACCUGGUGGCAGCUGGUAGCUCGCAGCCUUGCAGUCGCUCAGCAGCAGCAACAACAGCAACAACAACAACAACAACAACAACAACAACAACAACAACAACAACAACAACAGCAACAGCAGCAGCAGCAGCAGCAGCAGCAGCAGCAGCAGCAGCAGAGGUCCCAGCAGCCGGGCCAGAGAGGAGCAGGGCGGAGCUCCGUGAUCACAGACGCUGACCAGGUCCGAGCCUACCUCGGAGGCCUGGAUCCACGAGACGACUCCGGAGCGGGGGGGCCGUGGGAGUGUCCCGACUGCGGGAAGCUGUUCCGCAGCCUGCAGCAGGUGGUGGUCCACGCCCGCGUCCACACCCAGCGGCCCCAGAAGGGAGGCGGAGGCGGCGGUGGCGAGGCGGAGGGAGGCGGCAGUCGUCGCGGAGCCGGACUGGGGCGAGCAGGCGGAGGCGAGGUGAGGGAGGAGUCUCAGCUUCACGGCGGAGGAUCCCAACAAGCGGGAGCGGCUUCGGGGUUCCACUCUCUCAUCUCAACCUUCAAAGAAGAAAAUGGCUUGACAGCAGUCUCCUCCACACCUUCAGUUCCCAUCAGGGAGCGAGUGCGUGGUAGAGGAAUAAAAGACUGCCCGUACUGUGGGAAAGCCUUCCGCUCCUCACACCACCUUAAAGUGCACCUGAGAGUUCACACAGGUGAGAGACCCUACAAGUGUCCCCACUGUGACUAUGCGGGAACCCAGUCCGGGUCCCUGAAGUACCACCUGCAGCGGCACCACCGCGAGCAGCGCCACGCCUUGUCCGCCUCGUCCAACUCCUCCUCCGCCGGACUCACCUCCACCAUCAACAGUCUGACCUCUGGAGCCUCCGGGCUGGCCAAGCAGCGCCGCUCCCAAACCAACCACUGCCCCAUCAACCGAGGCCCGACCGACGCCCCCCCCUCGCGGCUGGGCCAGCAGUCCUGGCUCCUGGGGCUUCCGGACCAGCGAGAGAACCGCAAGGCCUUGGCGGCUCUGAGGGACGUGGACCUGGAGACCCAGUACCGGUAUCUGUCCGGGGUGAUGGGAGCGCUGUACCAAGGUGGGAUGGAAGGAAGCUGGAUUAGAGAGUCCCCCCCACCCAAGGCCCCUAAAGUGUCCCGGCGUAAGCCCCUGACCACGAGCCGGAUGGUCCAGCCUUCCAGUGACAAGGAGAGUCCAGCGUCUUCCACUCAGGAGGUCGGGUUCGAACCUCUGGAUCUGUCCCGUCGUCCCUCGCCCGGGUUCGGAGGGACGGAGGAUGACGGGGUCAUGAGUGUGGCGGACGGAGGGGUUGUCGAUGGCGGCGAUGACUCAUCAGGCGUCAAACUGAGCCAGUGUUUGUUCUGCCCGUUCCGCACGUCCUCAGCAGAGCUCAUGGCCAUGCAUCUCCAGGUCAACCACACCAGCAAGUCCCGGCGUAAGAGAGGCUCUUCAGCUAGCUUAGACUACGGCGGAGCCUCGAAGUCCACCAAGCUCGGGACGGAUUUCUCCGACCUCGACUCCUUGGGGAUAUGGAGGCCUGAAGGUGAGACCCCCUUGGGUGAGUGGUCCUCAACCCAGACCCUCAACGGGCUCUCAGGGGAUCCAGCAGGACAUGGGGGUCAUGUUCUGGACUACGCGGACUCCAAACUGGCCUCGGUGUCCAAGAAUGUAAGGGACGGUCUGGGGCUGAGGGAGAAGCUGGAGGAGGAGGAUGAAGAGCAGGAGGAGGAACUGGAGGAGAACCUGGAGAACAGCAGUGGAGAGGACUCCCAGGACCAGGACCUGAGGAUGUCCCUGGCUCUGUCUCCGGCCCUGAGCUCCAACCACCUGGUGGAGGACCAGGAACGAGUCUGAGCCGACUCCACCCAGACGGAGGUUUGGGUUUCUGAAGAGCGAGGGAAGCAUCGCAGAGAGAAACGGUUUUAAGGUUAAAUGAAGAAAUGCCCCUUUACACUUUCAUUUCCAGAGCCACUCGAGGAUUCUGGUGUUCUGGAGGUUUUCGAAAAAGACGAGAGAGAAGAAUCACAGCUGUUAAGUUUCCUCUCUUCAGUUUCGAACGUGUGGUUUACCUCAGUCCAACAAACGUCCUGUUGAAACACCACAGACGCGUCUUCACAGGAUCUUUAGGCCACUUCUUCUUUUGUUUUCUUAGGAUUCUACGACGAUUUCCUCUCUGACAAAUACGUAAAUCUCGGGGCAGCGCUUGCAUCAUUCCAGAGGGAAUCGCGAUGCAUUUCUUUCACAAUUGUAACGGACUGUAAAUCCCACUUCACCACACUGACCAGGUCGGAGCCGACUGAAGAGACGCUCUCCUGACUCUGACCACUGAACAGCUUGAAGUUCCUCCCCCGACCACACGGAGGAACCCGGACGAGUUUCAAGCUGUGAACAUCAGCGAAGCGAUUUGGUUUUAAGUUAAGGCGUGAGGUGUUGCAGGCCGUGUGUGUUCUCUGUGUGUCACUGCCUUGUUUGUCUGAAAAGUGUUUCUAGAUGAUUGUUCUAAAAGAAAAACCGCGAGAAAGCAUUUGUAAUUUUGUUUCUUUUUCAGUUAGUGCCUGUUGGCGUACUGUCUGUUAUGGAGAGAGUCUCCGGUGUCGCUGAGGCUCCGAUAGGUUCAUUCAUUUUAUCUGAAUAUACAGUUUAAGACGAUUUAAGUACAGUAUAUUUGUUCAAAGUGGUUCUAGGUCGUUGUGAAUAGUUAAGUUGUAAAAGAAACGCUCUGACGGCGGCUGCUCGUGGCUCAGCUGGAACAGAAAAGAAAAAAAAAGAGUUGGUGAUAUAUACACGAUGUUUAAAGCGAUGGAAGACGUCAAAGCCUCGGGUCACGGUUCAAAAUUCAGUGUUUACAAUGACGUGGGUCGGGGUUGCCCCGGCAACUCCAGGUCAUCGCAAAGGAAAGAACAAACCACGGAGCCGGACGUCGCUCGAGUCCACGAACACAAUCACCCGACACGUUGUUGUUUUCACGACUCAGCGACUCAGCGACGUGUCCGGAGAACAACGCCACGUGUGUUUCCUCCAUAGGAGAGAAGACACAAGGUAGAGACAGAAGAAGAAAAGAAAGAACCUCUACUCUCCGGUGUCGUUUAGACGAGUAGAUCCCGCUCUUCUUUUAUAAGAAAAGAAAAGACAAUGGUAGGAGUAAAUAUUAAAACACUAACAAAUGCAUAGACAUCCCAGUAGAAUAUGUGUAGCUUUUGUAAAGACCAGAAGAAAAAAAAAAAAGACGAGACUUGUGUUUAUUUUCAUUUCCAGAUUCUUACAGAAAAAGGUUAUCAAUAUAGGUAAUAUUGAUUAUAAUGUUCGUGAGCUAAGACUAGUUGGAAUGUCUAUACAGAGCACUGUGCAAGGUUUGAGUUCCCAAAGUAGUUGUUUUUUUAUUUUUGAAUUUAUGGAUAUAGACCAAACAUCUUUUCUUUCCAAUGGAAGUCGUCACUUUCUGUUUUUAAAAGGUGUGAAGUUGUGGUUCGGUGAGAUUUACCCCAUCGAUCAGCUCGUUACAGGAAGUGAUCAACACUACGACGGAGCACUGGGGCCAAACUGGAGGAAAAGAUUUGAGAUUAUGAGAAUAAGGUUUAGAUUAAUUGAAUAAGAUGCUCGACAUUCCUCAUUUUAACGCAGAAAUAAGCUGAUCUUAUGAUAAUCCCCUUCUAUAUGACAUGUAGCCUGAAAUAACCACUUUAUUCUCGUAAUAUUACAAAGUAAGUGUCAUAACAUUCUGACUUUAUCCUCGUUAUAUGAUUUUAUUCUCAUUUUUUCUUAUAACACCACCCAUGUAUUCUCGUAACAUUAUUUUAUGCUCGUGAUAUCACAACUUUACUCUCAGAAUCUCAGAUUCUUUUCUCACUGGCCCUGAUCCUCUGUCACACCUCCAGCAUCAUGGAUCUGUUCUCAUGCGGCAUGAAGGUAUAUUUAUGAAAAUGAUGAAUGCCAGGUGAGCAGCUGUUAUGGAUCUUCUUGUCGAUGGGGUAUCCUCUGACUGCAGCCACACCUUGAUGUGCAUUAAUGUGUGUACGUUGGUUUUUAGAGCACCUUAUGAGUUUUGUAGUGAACGUCCCUGAGUGGUGUCUCCUUAACAACUACUGUCAAUGCCACCGUGCCUUCUGUUUCAAGCACUUCCUGGUGUAUUUUGUAAAACUCACCAAAAGCACUUAGCCCAUCUCGACUCUCUCUCUCUCUCUCUCUCUCUCUCUAUCCUUCCACUCCUCUUCCUCAUCGCCUCUUCUACUCCAUCCUCCUCUUCCUCCCGACCCCUCCAGGUGUUCUCAUGUUUCUCUCGACCCGUUCGGCCUUCAGGUCAAACUGCCGUGGCGAGACUCUCGACAGGAAGGACCACCUGACCUCUAGAGGAGUAAACAAAUCAUUGGGGUUUCACGUCUGUUGAACACUAACCCUCGGAAAACCAAAGCCCAAGUCUAAGACUAAUAGAUAUUUAAUCUCGUGAGCUGCCAAAACAUGUCCGAAGUGACUCUAAAGUUGAGAAAACACAAUAAUUCACUGAUCCUCUGUCAUCUCUUCUCUUUCCUCGCCCGCUCGGCCUCUCUCUCUCUCCUCCUCUCGCUCUCUCGCUUGCUCUUCCUCCAUGUCCCUCUCUCGUCCGUUUCCUGUCUCUCUCUCUAGCACCACUCGAAGGUGACGCGUACUAUCUGGUAUUGAGGCCUUUAUUAGAUUUUUAUUUCAGUUUGUGUGGUGUUUGUUCGAUGCCGUUGAGAUGGAAAAAUGCUCUUCUUAUGAUGAUGAUAAUAUUAUUAUUAUGGUUUUGGCAUUAUGGUUAAAAAAGAAAAGAAGAUAAAAAAAAACAAGAGACAUGUGUUGUUGAAUGUUGUACAGAUAGAAAUAGAGAUGUUGUGUUUUUUUUAAAGAGAGCACAAACCCGAGUGAUGGCCCCUCCCCCUCCUCCUCCCAGCGGCAGACGGGAAUAAAAUAAAAUGCCGAUCGUUCUAAAUGUCUAAUGACAAAAAAACUCUCUCAGUGUCGGCCGGAUUUUAAAAUCAUAUGUUUCUUAUUAUAACGCAUUUCUCUCUGGAGACUUGAAUGUAAUUAUUGGACUCAGAAAUCCAGAUCCCAAAUUUGAAGAAGAGUGAAAGACUGAAGCAGCACUUGACUGAAAGUUAAGUUGACUUAAAGUAAGAAAUCAGAGUUUCUGUUUGUUGAACUGUGAGUUUAACGAAUUCAAACUCACAAAUAUCUUCUGUUAAAACUGCUGAAAUAGACUUUUGCACAUUUCUUUACCCGAGCGCGAUGAUUAUUCAGAUGUUUUGAAUAUUGCACCUUUUCCCCCUGAUUCUAAAUCAGGUCUUUUUAACCAAAAGGAUACGAUUAUUAUUUAACGUGUUUAUCGGACGAGUAUUUAUCGGUGAGGAUCCUGAAGACGUGACACAUCCCACGAGCCGGGGGGGGCCACGCUGGGUUUGGGCUCUUGUGUAGUUGACUGCCAUUGCAGUGAGGGAAAACUGAUCUAACAUAGUAGUGACUAAUAUGACUUUGUGGACAGAUUAAAAAAAAAAGAAAUAAAAAUGAAACACAUUAGAAAUAAAUAAACACAAACAAAAAUAA